AUCGAUCGAUACGCGGCUCGUAUCUCGAUGCUGCCGGCGACGCCACUUUCAACUCGAACGCCUAAAUUCAUGGGUUAGACGGGGAUACCAUCGUGUUUCCACGGCAUUAAUCAAACCAACCGAUUGGUUCGGGACAAGAAAAAUUGCCGGCCGGAGCUGAAUGCGCUCCGAUACGGAGUAUCAUCGUAAACGAGCCAGACACCGCCACAUGAGGGACAACCUAUCGUCGCCGAGGCAUCGUCAUGGCAGACGACGACGACCAGGACGAGUUUCUGGACGUGGAGGAGGCUGACGAGGCACCGGGUUCGCCUUCGGAGGUCGUCGGGAUCGCGGAGGGGCCGAAGACCGGAUCACAGUCGCCGUCUUUAGCAUCGGGAACUGUUCAACCAUCCGUGAAGUCGGUCGCCGAAGGCGCCCAAGUGUCCGGGACAAUCAAGACAGGGUCCCAAAUAUCCGGAUCAGUAAAGUCAGAGUCCCCACGAUCGGGAAGUGCGAGAGGAUCGGUCGCGGAGCCAGUACCCCAAGAUGGCAGGAAGAGCCACGAGACCUUCGAGGAAUCGUCCAGAAGCGACGAGGUGAUCAGUAAGUCCCAGGAGGUGUCUCUGGCCGAGAAACGGAGCUCGCUGGACGACCUAGGCGACAAGAAGGACCCGGGCCAAAGAGCGAAGCCGAGCAAAUGGCAGAGACAGUGCAGCAGACAGUUCCGCGACAUGAUAGGCAAGAGAGUGCUGAAGAACGAGGAGCUGGAGAGGCAGAAGGGCGACCUUCACCAGCGUCUGAACAUCUUGGAAUGCUCGAUGCCGGCUGUGAUGGUCUGGAACAUCUGGCGGAUGGCGCAAGGCUCGAACGCGCCCUGUCUCCAGCAGGUGCUGGAGAAGCAGUUCCAGGGUCCGGCAUCCGGAGAAGUCUACUGUCCCAGCACCCCUAGUCGCCACUUCGACUGCAGGGUCAGAGAAGCUGAAGCGGAGAGGAAGCAAGCGGAGAAGAGAAUGGACGAGGCUAGGACUUUGUGGGCUGAGAAGAUGGCGAGCUUGGAGGACAGAGAGGAGAGGCUGCGGGAAGCUAAGAGAGUCCAGGAGGAGCAGCAACAGAGGAUCGAGCAGCUGACCAACGAGGUCCAGAAGCUGAGGGAGACCAAGGCGGUGGACGACGGCGCCUGCGAAGCUGGUGAAUGCGGAGCGAUAGAGUGCAAGAAGAAGUGGCUGGACAAGGUGCCCAGCAGCGCGUCGAUCCGCUCGACGGACAUCGAGUGCCUCGAGAAGCUCCAGGAGCUGGCCCAGGCGGAGCUCUGCAUGAAGAGGCAGAUCGCGGAUCUGGAGCGUCGCGAGGAGGCUUACAUGAGGACCCUCCAGAAGGCGGACGAGCUCUGGUGCAAGACGGAGGAGGACGCGGCCGCUGCUCUUCAAGAAAAGGCUACGGAGAGUCAACAGAUGGCUGGCAGAAUAGGCGAGUUGGAGGACGAGGUGGAGAAGCUGCGGGCCAGGCUGAACACCUGCCGAGGGGAGCUGGAGAAGUUCAUGAGCAUCGGGAAGAUCGAGGCUCUGAUUGGCCGGGAUGACGACUUUGCUGAUGUCAGGGACUCGCAGAUUAGUGCUGUCGUGGAUGUGACGGACGGCGUGACUGGAAGAGACGAUUACUAUGUCGAUGCUGACAUGGUGGACCCUUCUAUGAUUGGCGCUCUUCUAGGAGAUGCUUCUCUAAGAGACGCUUCUAUCAGAGACGCUUCCCUAAGGGACGCUUCUCUAAGAGACGCUUCUAUCAGAGACGCUUCCCUAAGAGACGCUUCUAUCAGAGACGUUUCUCCAAGUGACGCUCCUAUGAAAGAUAUCCCCCUGAAAGACGUCCUCGCAAGUGGCGCUGUCAUUCGACCCGGAGACCUAGCAGAGACCACUGUGAUGGAGAUCCGAGGGUACCUGGAUCAGAUAGCGUCUCUGUCCGAACUCGACGAUCCUGGCAGGUUCUGUGGCCCGGAAUUCGACUGCAAUGACGUAGGAUUGACAGAGACUGGGCUUCUCGAAGAGGAGAGGAUCGCUCUCGAAGAGAAUCGUGUCACUGCUAGGGAGUUGCUGGAGAUGUACGGACUCCUUGAGAUCGCCGAGAGGAUGACUUCUGACGGAGAGGCGGGGGUUAAGAUGACUAGGAAAGUUGAGGAGCAUUUUGAGGAAGUCACGGUGAAGGAAACCGUGACUUUGGCGGAGGAUGCUGAUGAGACGGUUCAGAGGGAGAUUGUUUAUGACGAAGAGGUGCUUGAAAAGGAAACUGUCUUCGAUGAUCAGGAGUCUGAGGAGAUUGUUUAUGAUAUGGAAGGGUCUGAGAGUGAUAUUGUUUAUGAAUACGCGUUGGAGGAGGAUCUGGAAGAGUAUGCCAUGAUGCCUGAAGAGGACCAGGAGUUUCAAUUUGCUCCUUCGAAGACGGAUGGAGAUGUCUUGGUACCUCUGGAACAACUGUCCUCGUGGCAGGGACACGUGUAUGCCAUUCGAUCAAAGAUCGCUGAUUGUCCAAGCUGCAUUGCCGUGGACGGAGUGGCCGAGAUCGUGGCCGAAGAACUGGCAGGCUACACUGGCAGAACGAUGAAACUCGAAGUAGCAUACCGAAUGCCUAAAGACAAGGAACCUGCAGAAUUGGAGUACGAGAGAGAAGCACCGCUUGUUGAAAAACUUGAGAUGAAGUACGAACAAGUUGAAGAGAAGAUAAAAAGGGAGCCAGAAUCAGUAUCAGAUUUUGUGCCUGUGGAAAGAGAAGAGAGGGCAUUUAAGACAGAACCUGAAGUGCCUGUAGUCGAAGCGAGAGCACCUGAAGAGGUCGUAGAAAAAGUACAUGAAGAAGUGAAAGUAGAAGUGGUGCGUGUUGAAGUUCCCGAGCCGAUGAAAGAAGCAAGACCAGUGGAAGAAGCAAAAAUAGAAAGGGCUGAACCGGUACCAGUGAGAGAACCUGAUGAAAUUGAUAGACCACCAGUAGAAGAAGUCAUAAAAGAUGAAGCAGAAAGACCCCCAAAAGAAGAAGUCAUAAAACAUGAAGCAGAAAGACCUCCAAAAGAAGAAGUCAUAAAACAUGAAGCAGAAAGACCUCCAAAAGAUGAAGCGGUAAGGCCUCCGAAAGAUGAAGCGGUGAGGCCUCCAAAAGAUGAAGCAGAAAGGCCUCCAAAAGAUGAAGCAGAAAGGCCUCCAAAAGAUGAAGCAGAAAGGCCUCUAAAAGAUGAAGCAGAAAGGCCUCUAAAAGAUGAAGCAGAAAGGCCACCAAAAGAUGAAGUAGAAAGACCUCCAAAAGAAGUCACAGAAGAUGAAGCAGAGAGGCCUCCAAAAAAAGAAGUCACGAAAGGUGAAGCAGAAAAGCCUCCAAAAGAAGAAGUCACAAAAGAUGAAGCAGAGAGGCCUCCAAAAGAAGAAGUCACGAAAGAUGAAGCAGAAAGGCCUCCAAAAGAAGAAGUCGCAAAAGAUGAAAGAGUCAGAACACCAAAAGAGGUACUAGAAGCACCAGAGCCAACGGUGGAGAGAGAAAGAGUACCCGAAGAGAAGCCAGAAGAAGAGAGACCACUAGAAUCGAAGGAACCCGAAGAGGUACCAGAGAUUGUCAAGAUAGAAAAAAGAGAACCUGAAGAUAAGAAACCAGAGCCAAUUGUGGAGGAGCAAGUGGCAAAAGCUGAAGAAGUGCCGCUUAAAAAGGAGCCAGAAUUCGGAGAAGAAGAUGACGAGGAAACAGACUUCGACGAGCUGAUGUCAGAAGGAGAGGAGAUUGAAGAAGUUCACGUGGAGCAACUUGAGGAAUUCGAGGACGCGAUUGAGGUGGAUAUAAUAUCAGUGGAAAAGGCGCCGGAGCCUGAGAAAGAAGAAGUUACAUUGGAAGAGGAACCCGAGGAGAUAGUGGCAGUUCCAGUGGCAGAAGAAGUGGAACCAAAGGAAAUAGAAAUGGACAUGCUUCCAGUGGAAGUAAUACCAGGAGAGAUGGUGAUAGUACCAGAAGAGGUCGAAAUGGAGGAACUUCCAGCGGAAGAGGUGGUCGAGGUCAAGCCGGAGAAAAUAAUCCCAGAAGUGGAAGAGAUCAGGGUGGACGUGAUUCCAGAAGAGGAGCCUCCCGAAGAGGAGAAAAUCGUCGACAUAUCAGUGGAGGAAGCGGAAGAGGAAAUCGAAGCUGAAGUGCCAGAGAUGGAGAAGAUAGAACUGGAGGUGGAGCUACUAGAAGACGCGAAGGUGGCCGUCGAGGUAGAAAUUGAAAUAGCUCCCGUCGAAGUCCCUGACAUCCUUGAAGAACCCGAGGAGAUCGAGAUCAGUAUAGAGGAAGAGUGCAUCUGCAAUGGCAUCUUAGCCAUGGAGUAUCCGGUGAUAGAGUACCUCUUCCCACCUCUUCCAGUCACGGAAGAAGAAUCGGUCUGCCAGUGUCUGGCAGAAGACGAGACCCCAAUCGAUGAAGAGGAACCUGGCGAGUGUACCUGCUCGACCGGAGGUGGCCCUAUCGAAGAGGAAGAGCCUGAAGAGUGUCAAUGCAAUUCGGGAGCUGCUCCAGCUGAGAAAGAUGACUCCGGUGUCUCCAACGCAUCAGAAGAUCCAUCCAAAGCGUCAAAGAAGUCUUCACCAUCAGUCCAGAAAGAGGACUCUGGAGUUUGCAGGUGCAGGUCGAAGACUCCGUCUGGCGGGUCCAAGACUCCAUCGAAAGACUCCAAGAGGUCUUCGCCAUCGGUCCAGAAAGAGGACUCUGGAGUUUGCAGGUGCAGGUCGAAGACUCCGUCUGGCGAGUCCAAGACUCCAUCGAAGGACUCCAAGAGGUCUUCGCCAUCGGUCCAGAAAGAGGACUCUGGAGUUUGCAGAUGCAGGUCGAAGACUCCGUCUGGCGGGUCCAAGACUCCGUCGAAAGACUCCAAGACGUCUUCGCCGUCUGUCCAGAAGGAGGCCUCUGGAGUUUGCAGGUGCAGGUCGAAGACUCCGUCUGGAGGAUCCAAGAGGUCAACGCCGUCAGUUCAGAAGGAGGACUCUGGAGUUUGCAGAUGCAGGUCGAAGACUCCGUCGAAGGACUCCAAGAGGUCGAUACCGUCGGUGAAGGAAAAGGGUGUCCGCAAACCCGAGGGAGGUCAACCGAGGACGGAGGUGACGCAGACAGAGAUCACGCAGACAGAGGUCACGCAGACGGAGAUCAGACAGAUAGAGGUGAACACGUUGACGAUCCAGGCGGUGACGCAGACGGUAGCCGACGUGGGAAUGCAGACGCAGUCGCCUUCGCUGCUCAGACAACCACAGUCCAAGGUCGGCAGCAGGGUCAUCGAGCAGGAGACCGUGGAGCGGCAGACUCGGAAGAAGACAUCCCAGGAGCCAUCGGGUAUGAUGGUGGCCGCAACCUCUCAGACCGAGAAGUCCAGCUUCCUCAGGAUCCUGCAGACCCUGAAGACCACGGGAGCCUACUCGAAGGCGGACCCGGAGAAGGAGCUGAGGAGCAUCAACUACGGCAAGAAGUCCGAGGACGCCGAGGCACGGUGCAACUGUUGCCUGUGUGGUAAGGACACUCUUCAGGAUCAGAAGCCCGUGGAGGCUCCGACGUCCUCCGUGAUGAGACUGCUGCAGGCCCUGCCUUUGUUGAGCAAGGCUGCGACCAGUGUCGACCAAGGUGUCCAACACGAGUCUUUCUGCCAGCAGUGCAAGAUCAAGAGGCUCCAAAGAUCGGCUGACGGGUCCACCGUCAAGGAGCCCAAGCAAAUCCAGACCACGCGGGACCAGGAGGUCGCCACUUCCAGGUCGACCCUGAAGCAAUCUUCCAGCAAACAAAGAAGAUCCAACGAUUCCGUUAUGGCGAAGAUCAGAGUUGAGAAAUCGCCGAAGCGCAGGUCGACGGAGGAGAAGCGUCUGCAGGAAGUUGCCGAAGAGAUGCCUCAACGGAAACCUGAGAACGGGUGCAAAACGGAGGACGCUGUACACUGUGUCUGCAACACCUUCGGUGUAGCUGGGAUGAAGAAGAUGCGCUGCGCCUGCGGUGAUCCCGAUUGAUCCACAUUUUUGGUUUCCCAAGGAAUGGACAGGAAGACAAUGGCGAAUGGAACAGGACUCUUAUCGAGCGCCUCGCCAUCGUGUCCGGAUAACGAAACGAAAGGAAACCUGGAAAAGCCGCGGCCCGAGUGUAUCGCGAGCGUGCAGCAAAGGCUUCCGGCCGAGUGGACACUGGAAGAUAGAAUCGAAGAUAGACGCGACAAAGGAAAUGCUUUAGCUCAGCCGAAAAUCGUCGGCCGUGCAAUCGUCUACAUUUUCCGCCGCUGCAAUCGAAUCGCGCGACUCUGUAACGAACUUACACCGUCCCCUCUGUGUAAUGCAUGCGCAUGCAGUGAAAAAUCGUGUCGUGCAACAACAACAAAAAAAAAGAAAAAAAAUAGAGAAUUCGGUCACUCGUGCUCCGCUGGAUUUCCAUCCGCGUUUCAGCCGCGUCGAUCGAUCGGGCCGAUCGGACUCCGCGGCCGAAACGAACGCGGGAACGACGCUCGAUUCGAGCGCGUUUCCUCGGCCGUCGUCUCUCCGCGACUCGGAAGAUCUCGCCUAGCGCGUAGAUCACGGCCGCGAUGCUCGGUUGGCACCGCCGCGGUCACAAUUUGUCGCCAAAUCGAAACGAGAGAGAUCCGGACGGACGGACGGACGGCCUGAAAUAAUCGGAGACGGAUCGACGAGGAGCUGGACAGCGAGGAUACGCAUGAUUCACGAUCAACUUCGCCUGCUAUUUUCGACUCGGCUCCAACGAGCCACGAAUCGCGGCGGCGGUUUAAUCCUCCGUCUAUUUCCAUCCGUAUUUACGCGCCACGGAACAAGAGACGUUUGAUUGUCACAAAAAGAAAAAUAUUAAAAAACGAA